AUGAUGGCGAUGAUGAUGACUGGCCGUGUGCUGCUGGUGUGUGCCCUCUGCGUGCUGUGGUGCGGUGCGGUUUUUGGACGCGCGAUGGACGAUUACUGCAGUGAGGGUGGAGGGAACGGUUUGAGGCACACGAGUAAUGGUGGAGAUGACGGCGUGUCUCUAAAGGCGGACUGCGAGGUGUUAUCCACUCGAAUGGCAUUAAUAAAGGCGGUUGAAGCUGCGGAUGAACAAGAAAUGGGUGUUACAGGCCCAUCUCACGAUACCGGGGAACCACUGCAGAAUGAUACGAAGGGCAGUGCAGCGCCUGGUCCAGGAGGAGGUAUUGUCGCAGGUCAGCCAGAAGCAUCACCGCCGAAGCCCAAAGGAUCAGGUACAGAAGGACAGCAGGGAAAACCAGAAGGGUUGGAUCCAAAUGGAGGAAAGGAAGUAGAUAAGAGGGAUCACACGGACGGUAAAACAACCGAGCCCCAACACCAAAGCGUUGAUCAAUCAUCUUCUUCCUCUUCUUCAUCUGGCAGCCCUGGCACUCAGAGCGGUGAAGAACACAACUUGGAGAAUAAUUCCAAGAGUAAUGAACCCUCCGAUGAUUCACCGGAAGAUGACGAAAGUGAUCCUCUUAGCCAAUCCGACAGUCGUGAAGAGAAGGCGGAAGAAGAACCAAAAAAAACAGGAGACAAAAAAAACUUAAGUCAUGAGGCACCAACAGAGACACGUGGAAGUCCAGCCAACGACGCAGGAAUACAAACGGCAACACCAUCGCCACCACCAGCAACAAUGAAUGGACCGUCCAGCACUGAGGAUUUACCACCCGUGCAAGCGCCACAACGCGUCCAAGACGACAAUGCAGAAUCAAGGCCACCAUCACACACGGCAAACGGUGAUGCCGCCAAUAAUGAAGCUGACAAUAGCACUGAAGAGCGCAUGCCCAACAAUGAUCCAGCAGCUGAUGGUGCAGGGACAGCAGAAGAAAAACAAAAUGAAAGUAAAGAAGCCAAUCCAAAAGAAAAACCAGUCGAAGCCACAGCCAUGAAAAAUGACACGGCGACGACUGGCGACAGUGACGGCAGCACCGCGGCCUUCCACACCACCUCCCCUCUUUUGCUUCUUCUUGUUGUUGCGUGUACGGCUGCUGCUGCUGUGGUGGCCGCGUGA